AUGAAAACACGUAGUGACGUCAUACGCCCCCGUGGACGCUGAACUGCUUUGGGCGGGCGGUUCCGAAGCCAGUCCACUUGUUGAUUCGCUCCCGGAUAGUCCAUUCGUGUUUGGAGUUCAAAGUAUCCACAAAACACCAAAAUGCCUGUCAGAAACAAGGAGCAAGAAGAAGAAGUCCUGGUUUGGAUCGCAGCUGUCCUUGGAGAGCCUUUGCCUAAGGGUGCCUACGAAGACAUUCUUAAGGAUGGCGUUAUUUUAUGUAAACUGAUAAACAAACUUGCACCUGGAUCGGUAAAGAAGAUCCAGGAACGAGGAACCAACUUUCAGCUCAUGGAAAACAUUCAAAGGUUCCAAGCGGCCAUUAAAAAGUACGGAGUUCCGGAGGAGGAAAUUUUCCAGACUGCCGAUUUGUUUGAGAGGCGUAACAUUGUACAAGUCACUCUGUGCUUGUACUCUUUGGGAAGAAUCACUCAAAAACAUCCAGAAUACAACGGCCCACAAUUAGGACCCAAGAUGGCGGAUAAAAAUGAAAGAAGUUUCACAGAAGAACAGCUUAGGGCACACAACGCCGAGCUUAACCUUCAAAUGGGCUUCAACAAGGGGGCGUCACAAUCCGGUCAUGGUGGAUUCGGCAACACCCGCCAUAUGUAAUUUAUAAUUACGUUUUUAAUUACAUGUCAACAACAUGCCAACGCCUGGGUGUUAAAGAUCAACAUCGUUUAAUAAAAUCAGUAUUUCUAAGUGUUAGCUAAUCGUAUAUCUCUAUUUUUAUAUAAGCUUUAUUAAAUAUAGCAUCAUUAAUAUUUAAUCUAGAUCGAAAUACUCAUUUUUCUAUUUCUAAUAGUGUUGUUUCACUUGGAGAAUGUUUGUAUUAUUUUGUUGUUAUUUUGUAUUAAUUUGCUAUCCUUAUGAAAGCUAGAUUUAAUGUGGUGUUUUUUUUUUUCUUGUGAAAGAUUUACAAAUUAUAGUUAGCUAAGACAUUUUUACCUGACUAAUAUAAUUUUGUACAUAUUUUAUAUUUAAUAAAAAAAGUUUUUUAC